AUGGUCGACCACAAAGCGAAGCCAUCCUCAACGGUUGGCGAGCAAUACAGCUCAGCUGUGUCACGCGACGAGGAUGCACCACCCGACUAUGCAAGCGGCCAGGUUCAGGAUGAGCAAGCGUUCAAGUUCUCCGAGUCGAGAAAAAUCGGCGUGACAGGGGCCGUGUUCCUGAUCUUGAACAAGAUGAUCGGCACAGGAAUCUUCUCGACACCAUCCGGCAUUUUUGCCUCCACGGGCUCAGUCGGAAUUAGCAUCAUGCUGUGGCUCAUUGGCGGUAUCCUCACCUUCGCCGGCCUGUCCGUCUUCCUCGAGUUUGGCCUCGCGAUCCCCAGGUCUGGCGGCGAGAAGAAUUACCUUGAGCGCGUGUACCGCCAUCCUCGAUACCUGGCCACCUGCGUUCUUGCCUCGCAGAUGAUCCUGCUGGGUUUCUCAUCUGGCAACUCUCUGGCUUUCGGCCGCUACGUUCUGUUCGCCGCCGGCUCGACAGAGCCCGAUGGAUGGACAGCCCGAGGGCUCGGCAUAGUCUGUGCCACGUUCUCAGUGGCGCUUCACUCGGUUCUGCCCAAGUGGGGCCUCCGCUUGGUGAACGUAUUGGGCAUAUUCAAAGUGGUUAUUCUGGUAUUGAUCGUCUUCAGUGGUUUUGCCGCACUGGCCGGACGACGCCUGGUACCCAACCCGCAUAAUUUUGACAAUGCCUUUGCAAUCGAAGAAGGUGACGGAUACGGAAAUGGGGGAGCGUACGGCUAUGCGACAGCUCUUCUAAGGAUCGUGUACAGCUACAAGGGCUGGGAAAAUGCGAACUAUGUCGUCGGCGAGCUAAAGAAUCCGAAGCGGACGCUUGCGGUUGCAGCGCCGCUCGCCGUCGGAGGAGUGACAAUACUUUACGUCCUCGCGAACGUGGCAUACUUUGCUGCAAUUCCAAAGAGUGACCUUGCCAAGUCAGAGGUCAUUGUUGCCGGGCUGUUCUUCCGGAAUGUUUUUGGAGCCAGCGCAGGUGCGAGAAGCUUGCCGGCAUUUGUGGCCCUCAGCAAUCUGGGCAACGUCCUGGCUGUUUCAUUCGCGCAUGCGAGACUGAACCAGGAGUUGGCGAAAGAGGGAAUGCUGCCAUUAAGCAGGUUCUGGGCUUCGAACAAGCCAAGCAAUGCACCUGCCGCUUCGUUGUUUUUGCACUGGCUGAUAACCGUCAUCAUCCUCGUUGCCCCGCCUGCCGGCCCAGCGUACAACUUUAUUGUUGAUCUGUACACUUAUCCAGGCGUUUGGAUCAACGGAUUCGUGGCUGGUGGGCUCAUCUAUCUGCAGUUCAAGAAGUCGGAGAACUGGUCUUCGCCGUGGCACACGUACCUACCGGUCACUCUACUCUUCCUCGCGAUGAAUGUCUUCCUGGCCAUUGUGCCAUUCAUACCGCCUACGGGCAGCUGGAAUGCCGAAGGCUAUCCGUAUUACGUCUUCCCUGUCGUCGGCGUCGGCGUUCUCAUCCUGGGUGGUGUCUACUGGACCGUGUGGACCAAAGUGCUGCCGAGCAUUGGCGGCUACAAGGUUGUAGCGGAGAGGAGUGUGACUGAUGAUGGCGCUGAGGUGGUGAGAUACGUCAAGAUAAGGACGAAGGACGGGUCGCGGCUUCACUGA